CGGCCGCUGCCGCGGGAGUAGAGCUUCGGAGCAGUUGUCGGCAGAGUCAUCUCGGAUUUAACGCCGCCAGGAUUUGUUUGCGCUUCUUGUUUGCUUGCUCGUUGGAUUAAUUGUCUUGGCUCCGGGAUCUUGCUUUUAUUUUUUUUGAAAGAUUUUUCUGUCAUCGCUCCGGGGUUUUCUGCCUCCGGACUCGUGGCUACCGCCACAGCAGCUGCGGCCCGCACCUCUCUCUGGACUGAGAGACGCUUGGGUCCAGGCUCGGAGAACUUGGACUUCUCGGGCUCGGCUUCUCUGUUACCGACUGGUUUGGGGGCUCCUUCCACUGUGGAUUACAAUUGCACCAUGACCUUGGAAGAAGUCGUAGCCUGCGAGAGUGCUGCUCAGAAGAUGCAGACGGUGAGCAAUGCAGUGGAGGAGUUGCUCGUAGCCGCGCAGCGCCAGGACCGCCUGACGGUGGGCGUGUAUGAGUCGGCUAAGCUGAUGAAUGUGGACCCAGACAGCGUGGUCCUUUGCCUCUUGGCUAUCGAUGAGGAUGAGGAGGAUGACAUCGCCCUGCAGAUCCAUUUCACGUUGAUCCAAGCUUUUUGCUGUGACAACGACAUAGAUAUAGUGCGGGUGUCUGGGAUGAGAAGGCUGGCGGAGCUGCUGGGGGAGCCGGGGCCCAACGAAGAGAGUGAGGAGACCCGAGAUCUACACUGCCUGCUAGUCACGAAUCCUCAUACUGACUCAUGGAAGAGUCAUGGGCUGGUAGAAGUGGCUAGCUACUGUGAAGAAAGCCGGGAGAACAACCAAUGGCUCCCCAACAUCUCCCUCCAGGAGCGCUGACAGCCUUCUCCAAACGUGAAAAAUUGCUGCCUUGCAGACACAUUUAAAAAAUAAAAACAACCCCCCCCUUCCCAAACCACACCAGAACCCAACCAUCAAGACCACUGUCGGGAAGAGGUGCAAAGGGACAGAAUGUUCUUGCUGAAACGGGGUGAAGCAACACCUGGAACCUCUGUCCGGACCUAGUGGCGUCUGGGUCACCUGGGGUCAGGGAGGACAGAGCUGAGAGGUGGGACGCCUCCGGAAGGCCCGCCAGCCAGAGCGAGGAGGUGACAAUGGGGCUGGGGCCCCGGGGUGCCUGGAGUCCAAUGACUGGGGCAGGGAAAUGGAAGGAGACCUGCCUUCCCCCACCACGAAGGGACGAUGCAUGGAGACAAGACGGGCGGGCCGGCCGUCCUGGCGGCCUGUUGUUGUUGCAAAUGGGAGUUGGCCACUUGCUACGUAGACUUGAUGGUGGGAGGUCUAGAGAGACCUACUGAGACUGGGAGCCUGGGCCAGCCAGGCUGCUGCUGCUGCUGCUGCUGCUCUCAGUCUGCAAACAUAUAUAUUUAUAUAUAUUUUUAUGUUGUUGCACGAAUCAAGCUAUUUGAGAAGAGAAGAGAAGUUUAUAUACAUAUAUAUUUUUGUGUGUGCGCGCGUCCAAUGCUGGUUUGGCAAUAAAUUUCUGCACUCCGAA